AUGACAAGUGCCCUCCUGCAAAUUUCUUAAAAGUUUGGUAGCCAUUUCCACAUAAUGGCCUCUACAGUGUCACCUGUACCUCGUGCCAUUUUCGCUCCUGCACCGCUACCACCUCUGGACUUUGCCCUGGGCGCUCUGGCCUGUUGUGCAGCCUGUGUCUUCACCAACCCUUUAGAAGUGGUAAAGACACGAUUGCAGCUUCAGGGAGAGCUGCGUGCUCGAGGCACCUACCAGAGGCACUACCGUGGGGUCCUCCAGGCCCUUUGGGUGGUGGGUCGCACAGACGGACUUCGGGGCCUCCAGAAGGGUCUCUCUGUCGGCUUGAUCUACCAGGGUGUGAUGAAUGGCGUGAGGCUGGGUACUUAUUCCUACUGUGAAGCUCUGGGGAUCACAUCAUACCAUGGAGGAAGUGUCCUUUCAGGAGCGGGGGCUGGGGCGCUUGGGGCAUUUAUUGCCUCUCCUGCCUAUUUGGUAAAGACGCAUCUGCAGGCUCAAACAGUAGAAGCGAUAGCAGUGGGACAUCAGCAUAAUCACAUGGGGGUGUCUGAUGCCUUUGCUACCAUUUAUAGAAAAGAGGGUUUAAUUGGACUCUGGAGGGGUGUGAAUGGGGCCGUGCCUCGCGUCAUGGUUGGCUCAGCUGCACAACUAGCAACCUUCACCUCGGCCAAGGAGUGGGUGUCGCAUUCCCAGUGGUUUAGUCCGGGAGCCAGCUGGCUUGUGGCUUUAAUAGCAGCCAGCAUCAGCGGGGUUGCUGUGGCUAUCACCAUGACGCCCUUUGAUGUCAUUAGUACGCGGCUCUACAACCAACCAGUGGAUGAGUUUCACAGGGGUCGCCUCUACAAUGGGUUUUCAGACUGUAUGCUAAAGGUGUGCCAAGCUGAAGGCCUGCUUGGUCUGUACAAAGGCAUGGGCCCAGUGUUUCUGCGCUUGGCUCCUCACACAGUUCUCAGCAUGCUCUUCUGGGAUCUGAUGAGGCAACACGCUGUGAAAAACAUGCAGAGCCAAGAGCAGGGGUGA